AGAGAGAGAACCCGCUCUGUUUCUUGAACAUAGAGAGAGAGACCCAGCACCAUCUUCUUCCCACGCACAGAAAUAUUAACAAGACGCAACUCAAUCUCAACUAUCUCCCGAGGCUCCUAAAACCUGAAACUUUCAUAACCCUCCCCUUAAUGGGUUUGUAAAUCACAAUGACUAAAUCAGGCACCUUCAUUCAAUGCCUUCUCAAGCCUUUCAAAUCUAAGAAAGACAGAAGUGACGACUUAGAGAAGAUCGCCGCGCGAGAACAGAAGCAAUUCCCAUUCGAAACCCUAGUUUCCGCUACCAAAAACUUCCACCCCAAUCACAAGCUCGGCGAAGGCGGAUUUGGACCUGUAUUCAAGGGGAAAUUAGAGGAUGGUAGGGAGAUUGCGGUAAAGAAGCUGUCGCAGAGCUCGAGACAGGGGAAGAAAGAGUUCACGAACGAGGCGAAGUUGUUGGCGCGUGUGCAGCACCGCAACGUUGUGAAUUUGUUGGGGUAUUGUGCACACGGUGCGGAGAAGCUGCUCGUAUAUGAGUAUGUUGCUAAUGAGAGCUUGGACAAGCUUCUCUUCAAGUCUGGAAGACCAGAUGUGCUGGAUUGGAAGCGGAGGUAUGACAUUAUUCUUGGCGUUUCUCGGGGCUUGCUUUACCUUCACGAAGACUCACAUAGCGUAAUCAUCCACCGUGAUAUCAAGGCCAGCAAUAUCCUACUAGAUGACAAAUGGGUUCCGAAAAUCGCUGAUUUUGGCAUGGCUCGCCUCUUCCCUGAAGAUCAAACGCAUGUCAAUACCCGUGUAGCUGGUACAAAUGGGUAUAUGGCUCCUGAGUACCUCAUGCAUGGGCGUCUAUCUGUGAAGGCAGAUGUAUUUAGCUUUGGGGUUGUGGUUUUGGAGCUAAUAAGUGGUCAGAAGAACUCGACUUUCAACCUGAGUUUAGACAGUCAAAAUCUACUGGAAUGGGCAUAUAAGCAGUACAGGAAGGGGAAGAGCUUGGAGGUUAUGGACCCUAAACUGGCUUCAUCCGCUGUCCCCGAUCAAGUAGCAGUGUGCCUGCAGAUAGGGUUACUUUGCACCCAAUUGGAUCCACAGGUACGGCCCACCAUGCGGCGUGUGGUGGUAAUGCUAUCGAAGAAGCCUGGAAGCCUAGAAGAACCGACAAGGCCGGGGUACCCUGGUGCCAGGCACAGAAGAUCGGGUAGGCCUGCCACGUCAUCAUCCUCAACCGGAACUUCCAGCGAAUCCAGUUCCCAAGCGUUCGGUUCUACUACUAAUAACAAUAGUGCCAGUGCCACGGCAAGUACGAGUACAUCCUAUUUGAGAAGCCCCCGGUUGGACCCUCACGGGAAACGCCCAAUGCAAUGAUAGGGCUGUAUUUAUAUAGGGGAUUUUGAUAAUAUUUUGAUGGUGGCCUUCUUUGCGGUAAUAAGAUUGCUCCAUUGUGGUCCGAUACAUGGAAAGUGUCUUUACGGUUAAGGGGUACAAAGGCUACGUGCAUUUGACCCUCUCCAGCCGCAGCUUUGGUUGGUACAAAGGCUACGUGCAUUUGACCCUCUCCCGGCGCUCUUAAGUUUUGUUUUUUUCGUGACUUCAUGUAUAGCAGUUUUGUAAUGCUGUUUGGUAGGUGUGUAAAUUUUGUAGAGCAAUAUGAUUAGAGACGAAUGACAAAUUGUGGUUAGGGUACUAUUCUUGAAAUAUCCACAGACCGAGUAUAAAAGCGAGAGAAACCAAUUGGGCAUGGCUCUCAUUUUGGUCCG